CUCUCUUUUCUUUUCUCACUACUCAAACAGACUUUUUUCCCUCUCGUUAAAUUCCCCAGAAUACUUGAACAAAAAAUUAAUAGAAAUCAAUAAUACUCCAAUCAAACAAAAUAAUAUGAAAAAAUCCAAUAGCAUCAAACGAUCAUCGUCUUCCAAUUCCGACUCACGCCCUCACCCUGAGUCGCCUCACUCGCCGCUCCGGUUCCACACCCCGGUCCCCUCCGACCAGGGCGAUCCCGACCCUCCAGAUUCCCCUCCCUCUCCCUACGCCUCACCCGAUACCUCCCCGCAAAAAUCACCCAAUGAUCCCGCUGAAAAACCAAACUCCAAAGCCUUAGUUGCCGUGAGCGACAAGUUCACGCAGUGUUCUCCACUGGCGGAGAAGACGGUGGAUCCGCCUCCGACUCCGCCUCCACAUCCGGCGAUGAAUUUUCACAAGGCAGUGCGGGAGAACAAUACUCCGCCGUUGACCACCACGCUAGAGCCCGAAAGGGGUGUGAGAUCGGGUGCGGCGACAAGGAGGGGAUUUAGGACUGGUGAGAAAUUGAGAGUGGUGAAUAUAGGGUUCAGGUUAAUCGAAGUGGUUUUGUGCAUGAUUUCUUUCUCUGUUAUGGCCGCCGAUAAGACUCAGGGCUGGAGUGGCGAUUCCUAUGAUCGUUACAAAGAAUACAGGUAUUGUUUAUCAAUCAAUGUUAUUGCGUUUGUAUAUGCGGGGAUUCAAGCAGUCUACUAUCUGAUGAUAGGGAGACAAAGGGAGCGCAUACCUGUCAGGCGUCUCUUUGAUUUCUUUAUGGAUCAGAUACUGGCUUAUCUUCUGAUCUCGGCAUCAUCAUCAGCAGCCACUCGGGUUGAUGAUUGGCAGUCAAAUUGGGGCAAAGAUCAGUUCACAGAGAUGGCUAGUGCAUCAGUUGCAAUGUCUUUCCUAGCUUUUAUCGCAUUUGCCUUCAGCUCCUUGGUGUCUGGUUACUAUCUAUGUAAUCAAGACGCCACAUGAUCUCAAAAGCAGCUGCACAUCACAGUUGAAUCGUAUGUUUACAUUAUGCAAAAAUGAAUGUCAAUUCAAUUUUCAUGUUGUACAGGGACAAUUUUUUCUCCCAAAAGUAAGUAUAUAUAUAUAAUGUUCAUUCAAAACUGAAAAUAAUGUAAUGAUUCAAGUUCCAUUACUUGUAAUAGAUAUCAAACAUUUUCUCUA